CUGCUAUGUUUCGAAAAUCCGUGAAUUGGGAAUUUCCUAGCCACUGCACUUCAUUUGUUAUUUUCAUUGCACGACGGGCGAUGGCAAGGCUGUGCAAUUGUAUUCUCUCUGAUUGUAUGUCAACUUGACAAUGUCAAGGGACGCGCUGGUAGUAUGAAAGAUGUACGAAAGAUAGAAGGCUUCAAGAAAGAAAAGUUAGCCUCAAUGUACCUUCAUUACAUUUGCCGUGAGAAACGAGUUAUGCCAUGCCAAAGGAAAAAGAUCCCAUUCUGAAGAAGUUGCAGGAGUUGGGAUGCAACAGUCAAUUCAAGUUAGCAAUUGCCUAUCAAGUUUACCUAGAUUUGAGUGAAGUUCGAAAAUUGCAAGUUGAAAGCAGGUACAAUAAAGAGCUGGAUAUUAUUUAUUUUGUUGGGAAGGGAGAUGAAUUUCCUAAUGGUUCCGAGAUAUUUAUUCCUCUAUCUUCUGCAUCGUUUCUUAGUAUGAGUUGGAUUGAGACACUACAGCAAGCAAUCUGCCAAGAUAGAGAGGGACCUCGAAUCACAAUGGCUUUCAAAGAACAAGAUUCUUCAGUUAUGUAUUACUGUAUGACAACAGGUAUAAUACCACCAGACCCUCCUUCUCCACCUAUUUUAAAGAAACCUGGACAAUUAUCAUCAGAGUGAUUGAUUCUGAAUCUGAAGUUUUAAGAAUGUUAAUGAAAUAAAUGAAAAUAAAAUGAAUUACCUUCCAAUUCAGAAAUAUAUUUCUUAAUUUUUGUAAUAACAUGAGCAUACACGAAACAUUUUACCAGUAGUAUUUAUAUUUACAAUUUUUUAUUGCUCUCAAACUUGCAGUCUGCUUCUGGCAGUUUUGUAUAGACUGAUAGUAUCUAUUCACAUUAAUGUAAAUAUUUUGCAUGUACAGUUGUGUAAUGCUUAGUUCCACCACAUGCUAGUUUGAAUAUAAUGUUAAUAAGAAUCUCUCACUUUUCUAUCUUCGGAGAUUCGUGGGGAAAUUCUUCCUUUAUAAUGUGUAUAUUUUCAGUAUUUUUAAUCAAUUCCUGAAGGUAAUUUACAUUUUCAGUAUCUAUUAAUCAUCCAUUAUUCCCCAUAGAAUGUUGCAGAAUAUUCGUAACAAUCACAAUAAUCCAAGGCUAAAAAAUCCUCCAUAGUUGUAAUAUGUAUUACGAAGCAAUUAUGUUAUACAUUAUAGGAUGCUUGUUUGGUUAUCAAACAUACAGAUAUUGAAAUUUUUAUUCUCACCUGUAUUAUUCAUGUUUAUUAUCUAGUUUAGUUGGCUUUAUCUAUUAAUCCCACCCUAUUAUAUUUCAUACACACCUUACAAAAUAAGUUUUCUCCAUCUUUGUAUAUUCCAUUAUUGGUACUUAAACGUGCUUUGUGGAAGUUGAACACAAGUGAUUUGUGAUGUGCUUGUAAGAGAUGGGCACUUAUAUCAUUAAAAUGAAAGAGUUUUAACAAUGUUAAGUGCACAGAUUUUUCAUGUGAACACUACCAUAUUUUUCAGCAGGUAAGAUGAUUGAUGAAUCAUAAAAAGACCUCAAAAAAUGUUGAACUUUUAGAACAGUUUAAGAAAAUUAUUACAUCCAUCUAAGGCAAAUAGUUCCUGAACCUCACUUUCAUUGUUUACAAGUUCAUUAUAUGGGCAACUUUAUGAUAAAGAUCUUGUAAUUUCUGUCCAAUUUUUGUUUUGUCUUAUAACCAAAUUUCU